ACUAAAUCUAUAGAUAACCGGACCAAUCCAAUCAGAAUACCGACAUACCCCAUGCCCGUCUAUCAGCCUUUUCGCAAACCACACAACGAUCUGGAGAGUUUGAUACAUGGAUCGCUCGUCAGCUCCCUAAAGCCGCUUCGCUGCAAUGUUCCCAACAGGUACCAUUUGGUUAAAAUCACCAAAAUGACUAUCAUGGAAUUUUGGUCUCGAACACUGUUCCAGGCCUUUGCGACGGAAAGCUCAGGAUAUCCGAUGACCUCGCCAAACGAUCUCGUUCACGGCAACAGCCGAAACGAACGUGAAGUGGUUUGGUUCAUCAGACAACAGUGUCGAGAUUGGGAAGCAUUGGGCUUCCAAAGAGAAUGGGUACUCAACGUAUUGAUGGAAGAAUUUAAUGGCGUGGGUCAACAUCGUGCCUCCGUGAUUCGAGAGAUGCAGCGAUGGACGGCGGCGGAUACAGCCCGAGAUGUCCCCGGGAACUUGAAGACCAUGGAGGAGCUGCUAGCCUGGAUUGACGAAUUUCACGCCAGUCAAGACAACCACGAUACGACUUCAGCCGAUGGCGCAUAGGCAUACAUUUCAUUCCGGAUUCCCUCGUCUACCAAUCUCGGGUCUUUUCAAGUCUUUUCAAGUAGAUUGCGAAUUCAGCGCGGACUUGUUCGAUCGGAACGGAUCUCUCAAGAAUCGAUAUGUGCUCGUACUAGCGUGAUUCGGGUUUGAUCAUUCACUGCA